AUGGGGACAUUCGUUUCGGCCUUCACCGUGCUGUGUGGGGCCCGAACUGACCUCCCGGACAGGCACGUGUGCUGCGUCUUCUGGCUGAACAUCGCUGCGGCCCUCAUCCAGGUCCUCACGGCCAUCGUCAUGGUUGGCUGGAUCAUGAGCAUCUUCUGGGGCAUGGACAUGGUCAUCCUUGCCAUUUCCCAAGGCUACAAGGAACAAGGCAUCCCCCAGCAGCUGUGAGCCUCAGGAGCCCCUGGGGAUGUCCAGCAGGGCCCUGUGAGGGCUGAGCCAGGCAGCUUCAGGCACAAGGACUUUUACAUGUUCUCUUCUGCCAUUUCCAGAUUUGGGGUGGAAAGGGGGUAUUUUAAAAAAUAUUAUUUAUUUUGAAAAUGCAUCUGCUUUUCUCAGCA